UUGUGCCAUCUUAGCUCAGAGACACAGGGGAAGACAAAAGACAACGAAACCCUGAUGGCGCCGAAACGAGGUACGCCGAGAAUCAGUCGGAAUCCAGAUCUGAUACGGGGGAUCGGAAAGUACUCCCGUUCAAAGAUGUACCACAAGAGGGGUCUUUGGGCUAUCAAGGCUAAAAACGGCGGCGUCUUCCCUCGUCACGACCCCAAACCCAAGCCUGCUUCCCCGGCUGAGAAGCCGCCCAAAUUCUACCCCGCCGAUGACGUAAAGAAGCCGCUCCCAAACAAGCGGAAGCCUAAGCCCACCAAGCUAAGGGCAAGUAUCACACCAGGUACAGUGUUGAUCUUACUUGUUGGAAGGUUCAAGGGGAAGAGAGUUGUUUUCCUGAAGCAGCUUCCAUCUGGGUUGCUUCUGAUCACGGGUCCAUUUAAGGUCAAUGGUGUUCCUCUCAGACGUGUGAAUCAGUCUUAUGUCAUUGGCACUUCGACCAAGGUCGACAUCUCUGGAGUCAAUGUAGAUAAGUUCGAUGAUAAGUACUUUGCCAAGGUGGCUGAGAAAAAGAAUAAGAAGGGAGAGGGCGAGUUCUUUGAAACAGAGAAAGAGAAGAAAAAUGUUCUCCCAGCAGAGAAGAAGGAUGAUCAGAAAGCUGUAGAUGCUGCUUUGAUUAAAUCCAUUGAGUGUGUUCCGGAGUUGAAGGCUUACUUGGCAGCAAGAUUUUCACUUAAGGCGGGCAUGAAACCCCACGAGCUUGUCUUCUAGAUGGAUCAUUUUAUAAGUAUUAGGGCGGCAUGCUUUUUUCUUGCUGUUUGUUUGAAGUUGUUUUCGCAGAUGUACUCUUUCGGUUUCAUUGUUAAUGGACAACCAAAUUUCUUCGUUAGGCAGGGCAUUGUGCAAUUUUUA